AUGGCUGCCACUCUUGAAUCAAUUAAAAAAGAAAUAACUGCACAAUAAGAAGCUUAGAAUGGAGAAUUGGAAGAUUUAGAUAUUGAGGGAAUCGCAAUUGGUCAAUUUGAUUCUCAAUCAGCAAAUCUGAUUCAAUAACAUUAGAAUCUAGUGAGUUUGAGUCUUGUCGAAUGCCAACUCAAAAACUUGGAGGGAUUCCCAAAAUUGAAUAAUUUGGAAAAUCUAAUUUUGGAGGCAAAUCAAUUAGAAGGGUCAGCUAUAACCUACAUCAGCAAAAAUUUCAAGAAAUUAGCAUGUUUAAGUCUUGCAGAUAAUAAUAUUAAAACAUUUGAAGAAGUGGAGCCCUUGAAAUAACUUAAGUAAUUACAACAGUUGGAUUUGGCUGACAACCCAAUUACACAACUUCCCGGAUACUUCAAUAAAAUUUUCGAGCUCCUCCCAUCAUUAUCAGUGUUGGAUAACAAGGACAAGGAAGGAUAAGAAAUUCAAUUCUCCAGUGACGAAGAAGAAGGUGAUGAAUACGACGAAUUAGGAGCUAAAGACGGAGAUGGAGAUGAAGAUGACGAUGACCAAUUUGAUGAAGAUGAGGAUGAUGAUGAUGAUGAAUCUGAUGUUAAGCCAGUUAAGAAGACUAAGAAAUGAAGUUUGUUUGUUCUUUUAGUUCAUUUAUCAAAUAUGUUUUAUAA